GUUAAAAAAAAAGAGCGAGAAAGAAUGAGAAAAACACACUCCCGCUAAAACACACACUGACAAACAAACACAAGUGUAAAAGAAGAGACCGAGUGGAUUCGUACAGUCCUCUGGAUUUAGUGGUUGGGGGGAAGAAGUUUCUUUCCCCAAAGCCAAACUGUUGUAUUAGAUUUGCAGACUCACAGAGACGAUGCCUUUCUUUUGCCUAGUCUCAAAAACCGCUCAGUGGAUUUGAUUGCCGCUCAGAUUAUUUUCUGCAAAUUAUUCCAACGGAAGGGAUUGAGAGAUUGAGCCAGAGGAUGCUCCCACAGCUCAUAAGGAUUCUAUAUGUCUUGUCUUUUUGCUUUUUUCAAGGAGGCUUUAUCAGACCGGGCUCCUGUAAGGAGGAGAUAAAGUCCUCUAGUAGGACAGUCCCCUCCUCGCAGUCCCCGUCUGACUUCCUGGACAAGCUCAUGGGGAAAAGGUCUGGCUAUGACGCCCGCAUCAGACCCAACUUCAAAGGUCCGCCUGUGAAUGUCACCUGCAAUAUUUUCAUCAACAGCUUUGGGUCCAUCACGGAAACUACUAUGGACUACAGGCUCAAUGUGUUCCUACGGCAAAAGUGGAACGAUCCCCGCUUGGCUUACCAGGAGUACCCAGACGACUCCUUGGACCUGGAUCCUUCCAUGUUGGACUCCAUCUGGAAGCCUGACCUUUUCUUCGCUAACGAGAAGGGGGCUAACUUUCACGAGGUCACCACCGACAACAAACUGCUGCGGAUCUUCCAAGAUGGGAGUGUACUGUAUAGCAUCAGGCUGACUCUCAUCCUGUCCUGCCCUAUGGACUUAAAGAAUUUCCCCAUGGAUAUUCAGACCUGUACCAUGCAGCUUGAAAGCUUUGGGUAUACCAUGAAUGAUCUGAUCUUCGAGUGGUUGGCCGAGAACCCGGUGCAGGUGGCUGAUGAUCUGACGCUCCCACAGUUUGUGCUGAAAGAUGAGCAGGAUCUAGGCUACUGCACCAAGCACUACAACACAGGUAAAUUCACCUGCAUCGAGGUUAAGUUCCACCUGGAGAGACAGAUGGGCUAUUACCUGAUCCAGAUGUACAUCCCCAGCCUGCUCAUUGUCAUCCUGUCCUGGGUCUCCUUCUGGAUCAACAUGGAUGCUGCCCCGGCUAGAGUGGGCCUAGGCAUCACCACCGUGCUCACUAUGACCACCCAGAGCUCUGGGUCCCGGGCCUCUCUACCCAAGGUGUCCUACGUGAAGGCCAUUGACAUCUGGAUGGCCGUGUGCUUGCUGUUCGUGUUCGCCGCACUGCUCGAGUACGCAGCAGUCAACUUUGUCUCACGGCAACACAAGGAGUUCAUCAGACUGAGGAAGAAGCAGCGGCGGCAGAGAAUAGAAGAGGAACUGGCGAGAGACAGCCGUGGAUUUUACUUCCGCGGCUACGGACUGGGUCACUGCCUACAGACCAAGGACGGAACAACUGUGGAGGGGGCAACAGUCUUCACCCCGCCACCCCCAGCGGUGUCCACUGUUUAUGAUGGCGAAGUGGUCCGCCAGCGCUUCGUGGACCGGGCCAAGCGCAUCGACACGAUAUCCAGGGCCGUCUUCCCUCUGAGCUUCCUCUUCUUCAACAUUUUCUACUGGAUCACCUACAAAGUGCUGCGACACGAAGACAUCCAUGCAAACUUGUAAAACACUCUCUGCUCUAAUCCCCACAACUUAUUCAUUGUUUCAUGCUACAUUUCAGUUUUUCUUCUUUCAACCAAAACUGCCUGCAAGAUAUACAUUAAAAAAGGAGGAUUAAGUGUUUCAGAGGCAUAUGCUUCAUAACCAUUGAUCCUAAAAACUCUGCUCAGGUAGGUCUUCAGGAUCUCAGAGCGAGAGCAUGUGAGCAGAGAACGAAGUGAAGAUAUGGAUUCAAACUGGUGUUAGAUUGCUGUUUGUUUUUUGCAUUCUCUUUUAUCUUACUCCUCUUGUUUUGACUGGAUUACAGCAGAUGCUACAGGCGCUAGACUAGAGACAUAACAAUGCUAGUCUUUGAACUUCUGCCUGAACUCUGAAGUCGUUGUCUUUGCCUUUAGCCAUAUUCCAAAGUGAAUAUUGAUUGUAGCUGGGUGGAUAAUGCUGACUUGAAUUUUAACACUCAAUGCAUCUUUGAAUGAAUGUUUUUAAAAAAUAACAAUUAAAAAAAGGCUUUUUUACAACUUUAGAUUGCCAAACAAAUGAGGGCGGGAUUGGGGUCUUUGAUAUUCUGGAUAUUUAAAUGGGGUGGGGAUAUGUUGUUUUAACUACAUAUGACAAGAUUAUAUAUGUAUCACACACAAAUGUAUAAACUGUAGAUAAACAGAGUUGUUCAUCGAUUGCACACCUCACAAAUGUGUAUUUCCUUUUGUCUAACAUUUGAAUAAAUGGGAUAUUCUGCCAGGAAAUCGCAA